AUGGCUCCACGCACUCCUCUGGCUUCUAUAAGCCCUAAUAUUAUUCGUAAGAAGCAUCUUAAUAUAUCCACUCGUUCUAUGAUCCUGGGGGCCCAUCAUGGUGGUGCUAGUGUUGCAGAAAUCAAGGACUUUACGGAUAUACCCCAUACUACAAUCAGAGACACCAUCAAGAAGUCAACCACACGCCCUAAUAUGACUGAAUCAAUGCCUAGAAGCGGUCGUCCUAGGGUAUUUACACCUAGAGAUAAAAGACGAUUACUCUUAUUUGCGCGUCUAAACCCCCAAUGCACAUAUAAUGAGCUGAGGAGUCUUACUGGGCUAGACAUGAGUAAUUCCACAAUCAAGCGGAUAUUUUCAGAGAAUGGAAUUACCAACUGGGGUGCAAAG